AUGGUCCAACACACACGAAGGCAGACUCUGUCUGUACUAAACAAAAACCCAACAGUUAUCGAGGGUCCAACACUACUGCACGAACUGGUGCCUCAGUCUUCGGAUGCAUCCGCUAUCGAAUUUCUGGAACAUGGAUUCAAGAGACGGAAGUUCUCCUACCAAAGACUGCACGCGCUCAGCGAUAGCUUGGCGAGACGGCUCAUCGAGCUGACGGCGACGCUGGAAAAUGCGUCUCCCAUUAUCCCAGUCUUGCUGCCGCAAUGUCCAGAGCUGUACGUUGUAUUGUUGGCAAUUUUGAAGGCAGGGAAAGCUUUCUGUCCUCUGAACCUCGAUGUCCCUGAAGAGAGAUUGAGAUUUAUUCUCUCAGAUGUCUCUGCGGACCUACUCAUCACGAACACCGAGUAUCUAAAUCAAGCGGAACUACUUCAGGAGGUGCGCACGAUAUGCGUAGACCACGAGCUAUUGAGUGUCAACGAGAGCAAUAGCACUGCCUUACCACACGUCGGCAACUUCGAUUUGGCCUAUGUACUGUACACUAGUGGUUCGACUGGAUUGCCCAAGGCUGUGGGCGUGUCGCAUCGUGCUGUCACGCAAAGCCUCUUGGCACAUGAACGCCAUAUUCCGGUCUUUACACGCUUUCUUCAAUUCGCCGCUCCUACGUUCGACGUUUCAAUAUUUGAAAUCUUCUUCCCGUGGCUCAGAGGCCGAACCCUAGUUGGUCGCUCCCGUACGCAAAUGCUCGAAGACCUUCCCGCCACGAUCAGGACCCUCGAGGCGGAUGCGGCCGAACUCACGCCUACGGUUGUUGGAAAUCUUCUGCAGGGUCGUGCAAGCGUGCCUGGGCUGAGACUGCUACUUACCAUCGGCGAGAUGCUUACCCAGCACGUUGUGACAGAGUAUGGCGACAGUGCUACUCGAAAAGGAAUCCUCUGGGCCAUGUACGGACCGACUGAAGCUGCAAUUCAUUGCACCUUACAGGCACAGUUCUGCGCUUCCUCUUCAACCGGCAACAUAGGAUACCCUCUAGAUACGGUCUCAGCAUUCUUGGUCGCUCCAUCUUCUGGUUUAGCUGCGACUUCCAACAUCACGAUAUUGCCGUGGGGCGACGAAGGUGAACUCGUUCUCGGAGGGCACCAGAUCGCGGAAGGAUACCUCAAUCGAUCCGAGCUCACUGCUACAUCCUUCAUCGACCAUCCUGAAUAUGGUCGAUUAUAUCGUACUGGGGAUCGUGCACGAUUCUGCGAUGACGGUACGAUCGAAUGUCUCGGUCGCAUCAUCGCUGGUCAAGUGAAAUUGAGAGGGCAAAGAGUCGAGCUUGGUGAGGUGGAACAAACCAUCAUGAAGGUCGAAGGCUGCCGUAUGACAGUGGCGUCAAUUAUCAAUGAUACACUCGUGGCUUUCUGCGCCACUGGUUCGUGCAAUGUACCCCGCCCAGAGGUACUGAGAGUUUGCAAGCGCUGGUUGCCAAGCUACAUGAUACCCAACGAUGUAUACAUGGUGUCAAACAUGCCUCAACUACCCUCCGGUAAGAUCGACAAGCGAUCACUUGAAUCAGAGUACUUGAAGUCUCUGCAAUAUCAUGGCAGUACUGAUUUACAGCCUGAUGAUCGGGCUGCCCUUACUAUCUUACGUCUGGUCCGCGACUGCUUGGGGCAAGAGCUUUCAUUGGAGUCGAGUCUUGCUGCGGCUGGGCUGGACUCUCUCCGAGCAAUCCGCAUCGCCUCAAGGCUCCGCGCAGAAGGGUAUGAUCUUAGUGCGGUGGAUGUCCUGUCCUUCCAAACCCUGUUUGAUCUCAUCACAGCCUGCAAAGACAUUCCUCCAACAGAAGGAGAUCUACACACACCAGGCCCACUGUCAGUCCGUGAACUCGACUUUACAGCUCCUGACCUGGUGCUCGAAGAGUCGAGAAUUGAUUACAUCUCUCCUUGCACGCCUUUGCAAGAAGCAAUGCUCGCCGAGACUCUGUCCAGACCAAGCGCAUAUUGCAACUGGAUUGAGUUGGAAAUCUCUGUAACGCGGUCGUACGACGAAAUAUCUACAGCGAUAUCAAGACUUGCUCAGGAAAACGACCUCCUGCGGUCCGGCUUCUGCGUUUCUACAAAGGGCACAGGCAGUUUUGCACAAAUCACAUGGAAGGAACUGCACGAAACACAAAUCGAAAGAUCUUCAUGUCCUCAGAAGACAUAUGAAAUAAACUCUACACAGGCGUUACUGCGACCGUUCCAAGUCAAGAUACAAGACAGCUUGAAUAUGCCACGGUUGUUGAUAUAUCUACACCACGCACUCUAUGAUGGCUGGUCAUUUGAUCUCCUAUUGGCCGACCUCGACAAGCUUCUGCGAGGGUUGGGGUCAACACGACGACCACAAUUUCGAGACGUCAGUCAAUACUACAUGAAGCGACAGCAGACAUCAGCUGCUGGGGCCGACAAAACGUACUGGACCGACCUACUCCGCGACUACAUACCCACAGCUUUGGCUAACUACAAUGGGGAGACAAAGCGCUUAGUAGGCCUCCGGUCGUAUCGAGGACGCUCUUCUGUCAAUUUCAAACGCUUGUCUGAGCGUGCUCACAAUCUUGCUGUAAAUCCUCAAGUGUUCUUCCAAGCAGCUACAGGCUACAUUAUGGGGCUCUAUACCGGAUCCCUGGACGUAAUGUUUGGAAAUGUCACUUCCGGAAGAACAAUCCCCGUAACUGACAUUGAAGAGAUUGUUGGUCCGUGUAUAGCCUCUCUCCCGUUUCGAUUAGAUUUUGGAACCUUAUCCACGGUGCACGAAGUCUUGAGAAAGACACAAGACAUAAAUCGCGACUGUCUGCGGCACUGCUCGUUACCACUACGAGACAUAGCAAGAGCGGCUGGCGUUCAACCUGGCACACGGUUGUUCGAUGUACUGUUUGUCUGGCAACAGUCAUCAAGCUCUGACAAUAACCAAGAUCUGGCUGUAAAAAUUGCCGACAGUGCGGAUGACCUUGAGUUCAAACUUACGCUUGAGUUCGAACCUUGUAACGAUUGGAUCUCCGUGCGCGUCACGUACGACCCAUCGACACUACCAGAGAAGCAAAUCGUGCACCUUUCACGGCAGAUUGAUGAGGUUGUCAACAAAUUCCUAGACGACACUAGCUGCCCGAUGUCCGAUGUUGGACACUGCUUUACUACAUCGAGUCUUUCUGUCGCCAACCCAGAUCAUCGCCGGGGCCACAACACCAUCGGUCUCGCACAUGCAGUAGAGACGUGGGCGGUCGUUUCUCCUAACAAAGAGGCUGUCAUGUUUGGUCGUGUCCUUGACGGAACUAUACGGGUCAAAGAUACGAUCACUUACUCAAACCUCAACAGUCAAGCUAACCAACUAGCUUGCCUUCUUGGGCGGCACGGUAUUGGGCAAGACCAACUGGUGUGUAUUAUGAUGGAGAAAUCAUUGAAUCUCUAUGUUGCUAUCCUUGCCGUGUUGAAGCUAGGCUCUGGGUAUCUGCCACUCGUGCCUGACACGCCUUUAGGCCGGGUUGGAGCGAUUCUUAAGGAUGCACAAGUUGCCGCUUGCUUAAGCGAUUCAUCCGGUCUGCAGUCUCUGCAAGAGCACUUUUCUGGCACGAUCGUCGACUUGGACUCAACAGAUCUAUCGACGUUUCCAAGCAACAACUUACAUACGCCCUAUAACGGAUCUCAUCUAGCCUAUGCUGUCUUCACCAGCGGAAGCACAGGUACCCCAAAAGGUGUCCUCGUCACGCAACAGAAUUUGAUGAGCAAUCUUGAGGUUUUGUCUGGCUUAUACCCAGCGUCGACCGCAUCAAGGAUGCUUCAGUCGUGCUCGCAAGCCUUUGAUGUUUCUGUCUUCGAGAUUUUCUACACUUGGCAUAUGGGCAUGUCUCUCUGCACAGCGAAAAAAGAGGACCUGUUCCGCGACUUUGAAGCUUCAAUCAAUAAUCUGGGUGUCACACACCUUAGUCUUACUCCUACUGUUGCAGCUCUCGUCGAUCCCGACAAUGUGCCCAACGUCAAGUUCCUUGUGACCGCAGGAGAAGCUCUGACAGAGCAUGUGCGACGGCGGUGGGCUGGUCGAGGCUUGUAUCAAGGCUACGGUCCAUCCGAAACCACCAACAUCUGUACUGUGCGACCUUCGGUGACUUCUACAGACUUGAUUAACAACAUUGGAGCACCCUUCAGUAACACAUCCGCAUUCGUAUUAGAUACUAAUAGCAAUGUGAUUCUCCCUCGCGGUGCUCUAGGAGAGCUGUGCUUUGGAGGAGAACAAGUGUUUCGAGGAUAUCUCAACCGGCCUGAGCUCAAUACAAGCAAGCUCAUCAAUAUCGCGCCUUAUGGCAGACUCUACCGGUCUGGAGACAUGGGAAGACUUCUGCCAGAUGACUGCAUUCUUUCUGCUGGUCGCUCGGACGAUCAGGUAAAGAUACGCGGUCAGCGAGUCGAGCUUAGUGAAAUCACAUCGCUCAUUCUGGAUGAGGGCGCCGUUAACGAUUGCGCAACACUCUUACUUUCGAACAGGAACGAUAUCAGUACCUUGGUGUGUUACUGGAUUCCUGAAAACCACUUGAGUGAUCACUUCAAGGUCUUGGACACCAAAGUACUUAGAUCCACCACACUCCGAAUUCUCGAAAACUUGUCACGGCAGCUCCCCGGAUACAUGGUACCGUCUUACGUCAUUCCUGUCAGCCGUAUACCCAUGACUGCACAAGCUAAGAUUGACAAGCGGCUGCUCCAGGAAACCUUCGUCGGGCUCACUGACACCGCCCUUACAAACUCUGGGGCUAGCAACGAUGAAAUCGAUGGCAGAAGCAAAAGUAAAGAAAUCAACAUGUCGGACUGGGAGUUGAGCGUGGCAGACAUCCUCGCGCAUGUACUCCAGGUCAAUUUGGCAGAGAUCCAACGAACGACAUCCUUCUUCAAUUUGGGCUUGGAUUCUGUAUCCGCUAUCCGUUUCUGUAAUAGUCUCAGGCGGUCUGGUCUCGGCGACUUUACUGUUGCUGAAGUGCUCAAAAAUCCGACAGUCUCUUAUUUGGAUGCCAUACGAGCGGACGGUGUUGCCUCUUCCAAAUUACACAAGAAACCUUCGAACAAGCUCCAGAACAUCUUCACAGAAAGUCAAAAAAAUGAUAUCCUUUCGGUUUACAAAGGGUUGGGCCUCCUGGUGGAGAAGUUGAAUCCCUGUACACCGUUGCAGGAAGCCAUGUUGGCAAGCAGUGCUUCGUCUAAGGCUACCUACAGCAAUACCAUGGUCUUCGACGUCACAGGUGACAUUGCUCGCCUCCAAGCAUGCUGGCAGCUUGCACAAAAUCGCCACGAGAUCUUACGAACCUCGUUCGUUUCAUCAGAUCACCCCAACUAUGCAUUUGCGCAGGUCGUUCUGAAAGAUUUGAGCAUCGAGUGGGGUCAGUUGGGCACGCUUGAAAAUGUCCAAUCUCAUAUGGGCGCAGUUCUGGCGAAAUUACUUGCCUGUCACAGGCCGCCCCUGCAUUUGGCCAUUCAUGAAACCGGAUCGUCAACCAAGAUCAUCUUUAGCUGCCAUCACGCACUUUACGACGGUACUGCUAUCAUGAUCCUGCUUGAAGAGAUCCAAAAGGCCUACUUUGGCUACGAAUUAUCUCCCACAACACCUUAUGACCAAUACUUGCAACACCUGAUCUCUCAAGACCUGAACGAAGCGGAUUCGUUCUGGUCAAGUCGCUUUGCUGACUUUGAACCGACGUACUUCCCCAAUUUGACUGGCAAAGUUCACAAACACCCCGGAACAUCAAAAUCGCUGAGACGGAACCUUAAGCUGCCAUUGAGCGUGGUUCGUGCAGCGUCCCAACACGCUUCAUCAUCCGUACUUUCGGUCAUACAAGCAGCUUGGGCAAAGCUUCUGCACUUCUAUAAGGGCGAAAACGAUCUGUGCUUCGGCAAUGUUGUCAGCGGUCGUGCUUUUCCUGAAGACGGUCUGGACAGCCUUGUAGCGCCAUGUUUCAAUACGCUCCCUGUCCGAGCCUCGUUCGACUUCUCAAAGCCAAACUCGGCUCUGAUCGAAUUGCUGCACAGCUUCAACGUGGACUCAUUGGCUCAUCAAUUGACCGCCCUCCGGCGCAUUCAGAGUACUGCUCAGACCGAUGGCAGUCGGCUUUUCGAUACCCUGGUCAUUCUUCAGCAACCCAGCGAGCCGCUCAAUGAUGCCAUUUGGACUCUCGAACUGGAUAUGGGUGAGAUGGAUUUGCCAAUAGUUUGUGAAGUUCACCAAGACGACCACAGUGAUGUGCUGAGGCUGAAUCUGCACUACAAUACCAGCUUGCUCUCUGAAAGAGAUGCUUGGAUAGUAGCUGAAGCCUUUGAUGCCAAUCUUGUGGCUCUUGUUCAGAACGCGAGUGCAGCUGCCAACGAAUCUGUCGGAUUUCCUUCUGCUCUCCGGGCUGAAUCAAAUAUGAGCUUCAAGCCCAUAACUUCCGAAUCUAACUUGCUACACAAGGCAUUUGAAAAAAACGCUUCUUCACCGCGAUCUGAUACCAUCGCCCUCGAUUUCCUACAUGCGGAUGGGCGACGAACAACAUGGUCUUAUUCGACGUUAAACCUCAUAGCAAACCAUAUCGCAUAUGAGUUGUUGCAACGCGAUGUUGGGGUUGAGGAUAUCAUCCCCGUUCAUGUUACAAAAUCUCCAAUGUUCUAUGCAAGCAUCUUAGGAAUACUCAAAGCCGGUGCCGCCUUUGCUCCAGUUCAUCCGGAUCUGCCGAAAGCCCGCAAAGACAUGAUGUUUAGGGAACUGAACGCAAAGGCCAUACUUUGUGCAGAAGAUCUACCGGACCUUGCGGAACAGACAUCGGCAGCCAUUAUCAACAUCGGGAAUCUUCAGGGUGAAUGCCUCGACACCUGUGAGGCACAGUGUAUCCCAAACCUGACUGGAUCCAAUCUGGCUUAUUGUCUCUACACCAGCGGUUCAACUGGUGUUCCAAAGGCUGUCAGUGUGGAGCAUCGAUCUCCGGUCCAGACUGUAGCGAGCUCCACGCCAUUAGUGCCUUGGAACCCUUCUUCUAGAUUACUGCAGUAUGCAGCGGUUACUUUCGACAUGUGUUAUUACGACUGCUUCCUGGCCUGGACUCUUGGCUUUACACUCUGCGCGGCAGAGCAACACGUCAUGUUCGAUAGCCUGCCACGUGUUAUCAACUCGCUCGACGUGACUCUACUGGAUCUUACGCCUUCUGUUGCAGCGUCACUAUCAAGAGCUCAGGUACCCGGUGUACAGUGGCUUUAUUGUAUUGGCGAGGAAAUGUCAUCUGAUGUUGCAAGGGAAUGGAGCGGUGCAUGCGUCAACUCCUAUGGGCCUACUGAAGCUGCAUUCUGCACAACCAUGUUUCCGGUGUCGAAAGAAGUGAAGACUUCUGUCAUCGGUCAGCCCUACCCAACUACGUCUUUCGCUGUGUUCUCACCAAAAGGGGAACUACCAUUGCCUAUACUUAGUGUCGGCGAAUUGUGUAUCGGAGGAACACAGCUGGCCAGAGGUUACCUAGGUCGACCUGAGCUCACCAACGAGCGCUUUGUGAAAAAGUGCGGUCAGAGGUUCUACAAGAGCGGUGAUAUGGUACGCAUGCUCAGCGACGGCAACUUCGAAUUUGUUGGCCGCGCAGACGAUCAAGUAAAAAUUCGCGGACUGAGAGUUGAGCUUGGUGAAAUCAGCCAUGUGUUGCAAAAUUGCGAUACUCGCAUCAUAUCUGUCGCUACACAAAUCUUGAGGAAAGAUGCAACAGCCAAGCAACAGCUAGUCGCUUUCCUUGCUACCGGUAGCAAGGUGGGCGAAAGCGAACAAGAAGCCCUUCAAAAGAGGGCUAUACAAGCUGCCAAGGACCGAUUGCCUGCUUAUAUGGUGCCCCAGUUUUGCAUCUUCGUUGACAGCAUACCACAGUCGAUGGCUGGCAAAGUCGAUAAGAAGGGCUUGGAGCGCAUAUUCCAGGACGUUAUCACCACGAAUAAAACACCGGACGGUAUUAGCAACCCUCACAAGUGGUCUGACGUGGAGCUCGUCAUUCGGGAUGUUCUGAGCCGACUCUCCAAAGUCCCCGUGGACAAUAUCCAUCCAGAGACCUCAAUUUACCAGCUGGGGCUCGACAGCAUCAGUGCAGUCCAGAUUGCUUCCGUACUCCAGAAGCGUGGUUUAGAUGCCAGUGCAUCUGAUGUCAUGAGAUUCACUAAUUGUACUGAUCUUGCAGGACAUCUUGUCAGUUCUACAUCGCCGACUGAAUCGUGUGUCAAGCCAUUCAACUUCAGAGCAUUUGACGCAAAGCACAGAGCAGAUGUGCUGGAGGAUUGCGGACUCGAUGGACAUUGUGUUGAAGCCAUUCGUCCAUGUACACCCCUCCAGCAGGGGAUGGUUUCCCAAUUCAUUGCCAAAGAUGGCACUGUCUAUUUUAACUAUCUACGUCUCCGUCUACGGAGCCUCGACGUGGACACUGCCAGACUGAAGGAUGCCUGGGCGAUGACAAUGAUGCAACAUCCGAUACUACGAGUUGGAUUUGCCCAAAUCAAGGAUGGGCAGAACACUUUUGCAAUGGUGCAAUUCAGAUCGGAUUCGGUGAACUUACCGUGGUCCGAAGGAUCUAAUUGCGACACAGAGCUGGCAAUGAAGAGGCUGCGCAACCUGCAGCGCAAAGCCCUUACACAGCUUCAUCAACCCAUGUGGGACAUCCGGUUAAUCACUGCUGAAAAGUACCUUCUCCUUGAUCUGUCAAUUUUUCAUGCGCUGUUUGAUGCACACAGCUUGCGACUGAUCUUCGACAAUGUCUUGGCAAACUAUAAAGGUCAACCACAAGGGGAAAGUCCGCCUCUCGAGCCGGUGCUCGGCCAGCUUCUGUACUUUCACAUGGAUGAGCAUGACCUGGCCGAGAGUUUCUGGACGAAUUUGGGAAACAAAGCAGUCGCAUCCCGCUUUCCAAACGUGUCGCCUUUGCGGUAUGAGCUUAGGCAUCCCAUUGUACUAACAAGACCCUCAUCGAUGUCUACUACCGAGAUUGAUUAUGGCUGUCGCGCAGCAAACAUUACGUUACAAGCGGCUGGCAUCGCGAGCUGGUCUUCAAUAUUAUCAGCAUACACUGGUGAGGAGAGCGUAACCAUUGGUGUUGUAUUGUCAGGCCGAACCUCAGAAUUGUCUAACAACGCUGCAUUUCCUUGCAUCAACACUGUGCCGUUCCCAUGCACGGUAACCGCCAACAAGAUGGCAAAUCUUAAAUCAGUCAUGGCACUUAAUGCAGAACUGCAUCAGCAUCAGUUUACGCCACUCAGCAAGAUCCAGAAGUUGAUGGGAAUGUCGAACGAGUCCUUGUUCGACUCACUGUUUGCUUUCCAGAAAAGCACAGAAGAUGGCCAGCAGAACGAUCUGUGGACAGUCACGGAAGAGAAAGCAACAACAGAAUACCCAAUUUCGAUUGAGCUCGAACUGAAACAAGCGGUCCUGGAGUAUCGGCUUACUUACUUGCCACACGUCAUUCCGUCAGAGCAGGCAAAGCUGCUCCUUGAUCAGCUCGACCAUGCUAUGCGCAGUUUUGUCUUGCCCGAGAGCAUCGAUGCGUCAGGUUCUCUACUGAAUCAGUCACUAUACUCGAUCACUCCGGCGAAGGAGCCAACCCUUCCGUCUGAGGUCAGGCUGUUGCAUGAGUUUGUCGAGUUCACCGCUAAUCUACAUCCUGAUCGCAUCUCUUUUGAGUUUGCGAGCUCCAUACAUGACGAUCACCUCAUUAGCAAGACAUGGACCUACCGUGAGCUUGAUACAGAAGGCAACAGGAUCGCACACAUGUUGCUAUCGCACGGCGUCCGGCCAGGAGCACUUGUUGGCGCGUGCUUCGACAAGUGCCCAGAAGCGUCUUUUGCAAUGCUAGGCAUAUUGAAAGCUGGUUGUGCAUUCGUCGCCAUUGAUCCCAGUGCGCCAAUCGCACGUCAAGCAUUUAUUGUUGAGGACUCUGGUGCUCAAAUUAUGCUCUCCAUGAGUACACAGUCCACGAAAUUUGACGGGACCAUCAAAGUGCCAGUUAUUGACCUUGACAAGACUGCUACGCACGACUUCGCAGCAUCGAAACCUCCACUUGAGAGAGACAUUGACCCUCAAGAUCGCAGCUAUUGUCUGUAUACCAGCGGCACAACCGGAACACCUAAGGGGUGUGAGUUGACCCACGAUAAUGCGGUACAAGCGAUGCUUGCUUUUCAACGACUGUUUGCUGGCCAUUGGGAUGAAACCUCGCGCUGGUUGCAAUUCGCGUCUUUUCACUUCGACGUCUCAAUACUCGAGCAGUAUUGGAGCUGGUCAGUCGGUAUCUGCGUUGUAUCAGCACCGAGAGAUAUUAUUUUCGAGGACAUUGCGAACUCCAUUCGGGUACUCAACAUUACGCAUAUCGAUCUCACACCAAGUCUGGCCCAGAUACUACACCCCGAUGACGUGCCAAGCUUAUGCAAGGGUAUCUUCAUUACCGGAGGGGAGAGUUUGAAGCAGGAAAUUUUGGAUGCUUGGGGUCCAAACGCCGUCAUCUACAACGGCUACGGACCCACUGAAGCUACAAUUGGAUGUACCAUGUAUCCUCGCGUCCCCGCAAAUGGCAAGCCCUCCAACAUUGGGCCUCAGUUCGACAACGUGGGAUCAUACGUCCUUAGGCCCGGUUCCGACGUCCCUGUACUCCGAGGCGGAGUCGGCGAGCUCUGUGUCUCAGGCAGACUUGUGGGCAAGGGCUACCUCAACCGCCCAGAGCUCACUAAGGAGCGAUUUGCAUACCUCGGUCGCUUUGGAGAAAGAGUUUAUCGAACCGGAGACCUCGUAAGAAUCUUGUACGACGGAGCAUUUGAUUUUCUCGGCCGCGCAGACGAUCAAGUAAAACUGCGUGGCCAGCGACUUGAGAUCGGCGAGAUCAAUUCGGUCAUCAAACAAUCAAGCAGAGACUUUUCAGAUGUGGCGACUUUGGUCCUCAAGCAUCCCAAGCAGCAAAAAGAUCAACUCGUCGCGUUUGUGGCCGUUGGAAACAAACCUUCUCGCGAACCAACAGUACUUCUGGUGGAAGCUACAAGGCUAGGCGGAGCAAAAGAAGCAUGUUGUGACAAACUGCCCCCUUACAUGGUACCGACACACUUCAUCCCGCUAGCUUCAAUGCCUCUGAAUGUCAACAAUAAGGCCGAUGGAAAGAAGCUCAAACAGAUCUACGAAGCGUUGUCAAGUAGUGAUCUGCAACAACUAUCCGCGACGUCGAAUGGGAUGGAAGGCGUCUGGUCAAAGCAAGAAGAGAAGCUCCGCCACACUCUAGCCAAAGCUUUGGACCUUGACGAAAACGCUAUAGAGAAAACCUCCAGCUUCUAUGAGCUAGGUAUGGAUUCAAUCUCUGUUAUCGGGGUUUCUCGAGCUCUGAGACAAGCCGGUUACUUGCAAACCACUGCCGCUAUACUCAUGAAGCAUCCGACCGUUGGUCAGCUUGCCAGAGUGCUCUCUACGUCAAGCUCGAACGUAGUCAAUCGUGAUUCGCUAAUAGCUGCACAACAAACCAUCGCUGCUACACAACACCGCUACCGACGCAUAGUGGCUCGAUCGCUGGGUAAGGACAUACUUGACAUCGAAGCGCUUGCUCCCUGUACGCCCCUCCAACAAGGCAUGAUUGCUCGCUACCUGGACAGCGACUAUGGCUUGUAUUUCAACGUUUUCAAGUUCGAACUCAGCUGGGAUGUCAACACCUCUCGGCUGCGAUCCUCUUAUGAUGCAGUCUUCCAGAGCGAACAGAUAUUGCGAACCACAUUUGUGAAUACGAGUGACGGUUACGUACAAGCAGUUCUGCAGGGAGUUCCGUUACCCUGGACCGAACACAAUGUCGAACAUGCAUCGGUACCGAAGUAUCUACAGAAGCUUCGACGAGAUUGGCUAGAAGCAAAUCAGGCUGAGCUCAUUAGACCAUUUGAAGUCCAUCUUGUGGGUGAAUCAGGAACGCAAUUGCUCAUCGUACACAUGUUCCAUGGACUGUAUGACGGUAAUAGCAUUGAGCUGCUGUUUGAAAAGAUAUGGAGAAUGUACGAAGGCGCAGAGCUCGAAGUACGGGAUGUUCCGUCUUUCCACGAAGCUCUUGCGCAUGGUCCAUUACGAGUUGCUGAAGGUGUGAGAGAAUUUUGGGAGAGGCAUCUCACAAACCUCACGUCGAAAUCGCUUCCAUCGUUGACAGAGCAGCCUACCCAAAGCACCGUCAUAGUUACGCGAGACCUUAACUCAAUUUCAGCAUAUGAUACAAUCAGGAAGAGUCUCAACGUCACAGCCCAGGCUAUUGCUCAAGCUUGCUGGGUGUAUACGCUGCAGCAACAAGUACACGCCCCUAUCACCACAGGUAUGGUAGUCUCCGGUCGAAGUUUCGAUCUCGAAUAUGCCGAUCGCGUCAUCGGACCCAUGUUCAACACUAUCCCUUACCAACAGCGCACUCGGGGUGGUGACACUUGGGCUUCGAUUAUCACCAGAGCACACGACUUCAACACUGAGGCUUUUCCGCAUCAACACACCCCACUCCGCGAAAUCAUGAGAUGGUGCAGGAGGAGCGCCAAUCGACCUCUCUUCGAGACCUUGUUUGUUUAUCAAGUCGCGCAAACUGAGUCAGACUGGUGGAGUAACAAUGCUUCGUGGACGUUGUUGGACGACGACACCACGGCAGACUACCCCUUAGCAUUCGAGAUCGAACAAAAGAGCGACUAUGGAUUCAAGCUUACUUUGGUAACUCAAGGUCACGUCUCCAGUGCGAAGACUUCAAACGAGCUUCUCAAUCGUUUCGAAGAAGCCCUUAUGAGCGCAUUGAAGGAUCCUUCAACUGUAUUGGAAGAGCUCAUCAGCACAAACGAGAGCAACCUAAAUGGUGUGGUAGAUGGAGAGCCUAACACGAAUGGCUUGAACGACACGACAGAAUUUGAGUGGACAGAGAACGCUAGCACGAUCAGAGAAGAGAUCGCCAGCCUCACUGGUGUCGAAACUGUCGAGGUUUAUGAGUCAAUGUCCAUCUUUGAGUUAGGCCUGGACAGCAUUGAUGCGAUUAAAUUGUCCUCGAGACUCAAAAGACGCGGCGUCAAUAUGCCUGUCAGCGGCAUCAUGCGAGGUCUCACCAUCAAGAACAUGCUCAAAAACGUCACAAGUGAGCAAAUUGACAAACCACAAAGCGAGACAGGUUUUGCUUCGCGCAAGAAAGAACUGCGUCGUUACGUCGACCAACACAGUGUAGACUCGAGCGACAUCAACAACGUGCUACCUCUUACACCGCUACAGGAAGCUAUGGUGGCUGAAAUGAUCGCCUCAGACUACACAAGAUACUACAACUUCGACGUUGCAGAGCUGGCUGCAGGCACCGAUAUCGACAGACUGCAAAAAGCAUGGCACACGGUCAUCGAGUCAACACCAAUCUUGCGUACGACGUUCGUUGAGGUUGACGAUCCACAGAUAGAUGGAUCCUUUGCACAAGUUGUUGUCAAUCAGCGGCCAUUUGAAUUGUGGACGGAGCGGACGAAGCUCGAAAAUGACAGGAGACCGAAUUUCCCUGUCAUUUUGGAGGACAUACGCCGGGCAGCAGUACAAACAAAGACUCUAGACCCUCCUGUCAAGAUCACACUUCUGGAGACACCCAAAACCAGCUACCAGAUCUUGUCGAUAGCUCACGCGCUCUAUGACGGCUGGUCCCUUGUUCUACUCCACAACGCUGUCCACGCAGCUUAUCAUGGACAAUACACCCCUCGGCCUAGCUACGAAGCCGCCUUAGCUGAUAUAAUAUCCGGCUCAGGCUCCGAUGCCGCUGGCUUUUGGCAAGACUACUUGACCGGCCUGAAACCAAGUCUUUUUCCUCGCCGUCAAAUUGAUUCCAAGGAGGCAAGAGAGGUCUAUCGAAUGGAACACGCGAGCGAUAUGGGAUUGUCACACAUUGCAUAUUUCGCCAAAAAUAGCAAGGUAUCGUUACAGACCCUAGGCCAGACCGUCUUUGCCCUUACGCUGGCUUCUUAUGUUGGCUCGUUGGACGUUACCUUUGGCUGCAUACUGUCCGGUCGCGACGAUGAUUAUGUGCAAGACAACUUCAACAACAUCAAGCAGUGGCAGCAUUUCCCCCUUCGGAAGGCGGCGGCUCUGGCAGAUGCUCAAGGCAAGCUUUUCGACAGCCUGUUCAUAUACCAGAAGACUGUCGAGGAACAAUCCAGCACGAGAGACAGGCUUUACAAGAGUGUAGAAGGCCAAAGCGAUACUGAGUACCCUAUCUGCGUAGAGAUGGAAACCGUCAAUGGGAACUUGAAAUGGCGUUGUGCAGUCAAAGAGGAGGUGAUGUCACGCGACGGAGCCCAGCUUUUGCUGAAAAGACUGGACGAGGUGCUUUACAGCAUCAUCGAGCAUCCCAACAGUCCGAGUAUUCAAUCAACGCCACAAGGAACAUCGGUGUGCGGCUUGCCGAUUUUCGAAGAGGGGCGUACACAUGCGACAGAUGACGAGCAUAAAGACGAGAACCAGAGCCUUUCCAUGGAAGCACCACUGUCAAAAACAGCCCAAAGAGUUCGACAAGCCCUAGCUUUGGUUGCCCAGAUGCCCGAGGAGAACAUUGCACAAGGCAUGUCAAUUUUCCACAUUGGCCUAGAUUCAAUCAGUGCCAUCAAGGUAUCCUCUAUCCUGCGGAAGCAAGGUAUCACCUUAAGUGUCGGCGAAAUGCUCAAAGCUGGCACUAUAAAGAAGAUAGCUGAAGUGGCUGACAAGCACGUGACGUCUACAUCGGAUCAAGAAACCGAGUGGAAAUCUAUCAUUAGAGAGACUCAGGGCAGACUUGAUCAGCAGAGAACUCUUAUUCAUACUGUCAUUGACGCUACACAAGUCGAUCGCAUCUUACCCGUCACUCCGGGCCAGAUUUACAUGCUCUCCAUGUGGCUCAACACCAAGGGCGAGAAUUUCUAUCCAGAGUUUGUCUACGAUUUGGAGGGCCCUGGAAAUUUCGAAAUGUUGCAAAAGUCGUGGCAAGAUCUCGUCACAGCAAACACGAUUCUUCGCACACAGAUUGUUUCGACUGCUCACAGCGGAUUACCAUACGUCCAGAUCAUCCUGAAGAGAGCGGAUGCUUCGCUGACCAACAUCACUGGUCAAGACAAGAAGACUGCGGCCCGUACAAUAACUCAAAUCGCAGCGAAGCAACCCUGGGUACAUCUCUUCAUUUCACAGACCUCGACAGGCUGGGCGCUCAAGCUGAAGAUUCAUCAUGCCCUGUACGACGGUGUGAGUCUGCCUCUUUUGAUGCAACAAUUUCAGGAUAUCUGCAACGGUGCAUCAGUGUCUGCACCAGAUCAUGGGCUUGAGGAGUACCUUGCCGUUGCGCACGCAUCGUAUGCGAUAUCAAGUAGAAAGGAGUUCUGGACGAAAUACCUGAUGGGUGCCAACACGCAGUACGAGGGCAGAGGGGAGAGCGCACGGAAGUCAAGAUCAGAGCUCUUCAAACCAAGUCUCUUGCAGACAUCAAUGUUGGAAAGCACUGGUCGUCAACACGGCAUCUCAACACAAUGCCUCUUCCUCGCCGCUUUUGCCAAGAUUUACGCCGCAAGAGCAGAUACCUCAGAUGAUCAAGACGUCGUCCUCGGUAUCUAUCUCGCAAACCGCUCGCUCCCCAUCGACAACCUCCCUACGGCCGCCAUACCCACCGUCAACCUCCUCCCACUACGCAUUCAGUCGCCACUCGGCACUCCACCCUUAGACAUCGCGGCGCAGAUCCAGGCCGACAUCCAAGCCAUCAGCAACCCAGCGAACGCCACAGCCAGCCUGUACGAGAUCAGUGAAUGGACCGGCAUCAAAGUCGACACUUUCGUCAACGUCCUCAGUCUGCCCGAGCCCGAAGACACGCCCACGCCAAGCGAAGACCAGGUGCACAUCACGCAGAGAAACGAAUGGCAGGAAUCUGUCAGCAGAGUCACCGAGCUGGACGAAAGCAACUGGAGUGCACCGGAGGAAGUACUGAAUGAGCGUGUCAAUAGAGCGUAUCUUCAUGCGAUUGAUGUCGAAGCUACGAUUCGUGGUGGGCAGUUGGAUGUCGGUAUCUUUGCACCGACUGAGAUGUUGGGGUUGGAGGAUGCAGAGAGGUUGGUGGAGGGGGUAAGAACGGAACUUGAAGGGCUGGCUUAG